AUGCAUUCGGCUAUGGCAUCUCCGCUAGACCUGAGACCGUCGGGGUUGCUGUCGAUGAGUUCGUCCCCACCGCAAGGAUCUUCGCACGGUGGCCUCAGCAGCGAACCGUCGGCACAAUCGCAUUAUCAUCCGGCCCACCAACACCAUCAUCCGGCUCAGGGAAACAACCAACCACCGUCGGGAAGUCGAUCCGGCGGAACGGCUCGUCAUCGUUCGCGGAGUAGUUCAAGCUCCGAGAAUGGUGCUACCGGUGGUCACCAGAACCCGCCGGAUGGUGAGUCGGGUGCUGGAGAAGGAGCACCGUCGAGUGGUGGAAAAUCUGGAAGUCUUCGAUCGCAAAGUUUGGUGAAACCGCCCUACUCGUACAUCGCGCUUAUCACGAUGGCCAUACUGCAGUCGCCACAGAAGAAGCUAACCCUUAGCGGUAUCUGCGAGUUCAUCAUGACACGGUUUCCGUACUACAAGGAAAAGUUUCCCGCGUGGCAGAACUCGAUCCGACACAACCUCAGCUUGAACGAUUGUUUCAUCAAGAUCCCGCGCGAACCGGGAAAUCCGGGUAAGGGCAACUUCUGGACGCUAGAUCCACUGGCCGAGGACAUGUUCGAUAACGGCAGCUUCCUGCGACGCCGCAAGCGUUAUAAACGCACAACUCUCGCCCAGAGUAUGGCUUUCCCGGGUGUAUUCGCGCCCUUCGCGCCCUUUUGGAUACGCAAACCGGUUCCGGUGAUACCGAUGCAUCAGUUUGGUCCAGCCCAUGCUGCUGCGUCCUCGGUGGCCGGUUUUGGAGGACCUGACGGCCCAGGAGGACCGUUGGCCGGGCUUGGACCGGGACGGGCCGGAGACUUCCUUCUCGACAGCAAACUCAACCUGUUCGGUUCGGUCAAGAUGGACGAUCUCAAUGUGGCCAUGAUGGAGAACAGUGACUUCCUGCAGCGCAACGUUGAUAGUUUGAAGAUCUCGAGUGCGAUGAACAAAUUCUUCCACGGCUACCACCAGGGACAGACUGGCACAGGUGGGCCCUUAGUGGACCUUUACGAGGAUGGUCCUCAUGCGACGCCUCUAGGGGUUCAUCCGUGUAAUGGUGGACUCGGUCGUGAAGGACUCCCGUACGCGUAUGCAGGACAUAAGCUGCCCAAUGUGACCACCGCACGGAUCGGUGAAACAGAGCCCAAUGGCGGUGUAGAUCGACGGGGAGACUUCACGGAAGAAGAGCAUAUUUCGGCUGAUCUUGACCUCUCAAGUGACGAUCGAAUCGACGUUGAAAGUGAGGACGAUUACAAAUCACCCGCAGAUCGGGCAGGUGUCCUCAAUUACCACGAACUGCUGCUAAAUGGCCGCAAGUCCUUCCCGGAGGCGGAUACAGCACCAACUGGUCCUCUGUCAGGAUCUUCCAGCUCACCGGUGGGUCCUCGCGGUUCGAGCUCUACGCAACCUCCGUCAGCAUCUCCCACAAGUGGACCCACAAUCGCGAUACCUUCCGGCGAGUACUCUCCACACUGUAGUCCUUCGCGGACGGUGCGUGACUCGGACGAAUACUAUAUCGACGAGGACGAGCAGUCUGACAAAGCGAGUAGUAGUGGUGGUUCGCUCGAGGAAUCGCGUCCAGUCGAGAAGGAGCUGCGUGAGCGGUUCUACACCGAACUGCAACCUUCCCUAGACACUAGUGAACCGCUUCGAGGGUCGGCACCGGCAAACAGCGGGCUGGAAUCUGGCGUGUGUCCUGGAUAUGUGGAGACAACCAAACUCUUCGAAGGUACCGAGCCCACGUUCGCGAGCCGUAAACGCAAGUACGGUAACACCAAGGGCUUUAGCAUAGAGAAUCUGAUCGGGUGCAGUGUGGAGGACAGAUGAAUCUGAACUCCAGGACAUUGGAACCCGCGAGGAUUGGCGAAACGCAAAGCAAACAAACCAAAGAA